AUGCAGACUCGUCGAAGUCACAACAAAUCACGUCGAGGAUGUUUGGAAUGCAAGCGCAGACGGGUUAAGUGUGAUGAGACUCGCCCACAGUGUUCAAAUUGUGCUCGACGUCAUAUGACAUGUGAUUAUGGGACAUCAUCGCUAGUCUGGAAAGACUGGAAAGAAGAAAAGACGUCUCCUCAAAGCGAUUCUAAAACUCCCUCUCAGGAUCAUAAAGAUGACAUCUUCGUCACCUUGGAACGAUGGACGGCGUCACAAGGCGCCGAACCCAUGCCUGUUACGGAAGUCAACGUGGUCGAUCUGGAGUUGAUGAUGCACUGGUGUAAUUCAGCCUACGCCGUGCUGGCUCGGAAUGAGGCCACAGCAUGGGUCUGGCGACAGCUUGUUCCCCAAGAAGCCUUCUCCCAUCGUUUUCUGUUGUGGGGGAUACUCUCUGUAGCCGCGCUGCAUCUCUCCUACUUUAGGCCAGCCGAGCAUCAAUCGAUAUAUCUCAAGAAAGCUGCAUUCCACCAGAACCGUGCUUUGACCCUGUUUAGAGAAUCGUUGGAAUCAGUCGGUUCGUGGAACGGCAAGGCGGUGUUUGCUUUCUCUUCCCUGGUUGCUGUCUAUGCAUUCGGGUCCUUACACAAUCAGGAAAUGUCCGACCCCAUCCAAGACAUCUACCAGAUCCUCGUCCUGAUUCGUGGAACCAAUCAAAUUGUUGCCCGUGUUUCUCAGACUCUCCUGGAAAGCGAUUUCGCGCCGCUGUUGCAAGUAAAUGAGUACCGCAACGAGAUCCCGGCUGAUACGAAAGCCGCAAUUGCCAGACUACAUGCGCUGAACGACUCGCUUCAAGAGGGACCAGAAAGCCACAAAGCCCACCGAGGCGCAAUUGAUGACCUUGAAGAGAUGUUUGUGCUUUUCCACGGUGGUGCAACCUCUAUGACGCCGAGUGGAAAGUGGGCCAUUCGACUAUCGCCCUUGUAUCUGGAGUAUCUGCAGGAACGUCGAAGUUUCUCUCUAGUCAUUUUAGCGCACUACUGUGUAUUGCUUCACUGUCUACGGCGACACUGGUGUAUUGCUCCGUGGCCCACGCGUGUGGCCAAAGCUAUCUGGAACAUGUUGGAUCUCCAACACCGAGAAUCGAUCCAGUGGGCUAUGGAUCGAAUUUUUGACGGAUCUGGACUUGCAUAG